AUGGCUGGUAUUGCCAUGGCAGAUAAGAAUAACAACAAUCCAGAAGAAGAAGAAGAAGAAGAGGAGGAGGAGAGAAUCCCAGUGUUGACGGUGCUGAAGAACAACGCAAUAAUCAAGAACAUUUUCAUCAUCAACAACAAUAAGAAAGAGGACACCAUCGUGGUUGGGAGACACCCAGAUUGCAACAUUGUGUUGACACACCCCAGCGUAAGCCGCUUCCACCUCAAGAUUCGCUCUGCGCCCUCUUCAAGAACCCUUUCCCUCCUCGAUUUAUCUUCUGUGCACGGGACAUGGGUGUGUGGGAGGAAGCUUGAGCCCGGGGUGAGUGUUGACCUCAAAGAAGGUGACACCUUCACGGUUGGGGUUUCCACUAGGCUUUAUCGUUUGCGUUGGGAUGAGAAUUUUGAACUCAAAGUGGAAAAAGAGAUUCCCAUGCCGGAAGAUAUUAUUUCUUUUUGUUGUGAUGAAGAAAGGAAGAGUCAGUCCAAAGAUGAAACAUUUGGAGUUCUGAAUGGCUCUUUCGGAACUGCAACAUCACAUUUUCCUACAAACUCUGACAGUGAAAAUAAACAGAGUGGAUGUGGAUUCCUGGGUCUAUCUCCACCUUAUGUACAAUCAGUUGAUGAAGUUGAUAACAAACCUAAAAUUGAAGCUUGUCCUGAAGUAGAGAUGCCCGGAGAAACUAAUUUGUUUUGCACUUUGAGGGAAUAUUUGACACAGAACAUAUGUCUGGCGGUUGUGGAAGCAGUCCAGGGGACCAAAAUGGAGAAAUUCCAAGGCCCGCCCGCGUCUUUUGAUGAAAAUGGUGCUGCUGCAGGGGCUGUAAUACCUAAAGAAUCCGAAUUUGGAUGCACAGUCAAAGAUAAUGACAAGAUUGAAGAUCUUUUAACUGGAGCAAGAAUUUUGAAUACUGAGAAUUUGUGUUUGCUAGUUGGCGAAGAUAUUCCUGAUUCUAAAUUUCAUCAAAUCAAAAUUGUUGAAGAUUCUUCUGUGGUAAUACCUAAAGAAUCCGAAUUUGGAUGCACAGUCAAAGAUAAUGACAAGAUUGAAGAUCUUUUAACUGGAGCAAGAAUUUUGAAUACUGAGAAUUUGUGUUUGCUAGUUGGCGAAGAUAUUCCUGAUUCUAAAUUUCAUCAAAUCAAAAUUGUUGAAGAUUCUUCUGUGAAUUUGUGUUUGCUAGUUGGCGAAGAUAUUCCUGAUUCUAAAUUUCAUCAAAUCAAAAUUGUUGAAGAUUCUUCUGUGGAUGCACUGUCUGAUGGAGAAAAACAAGAUAAAUGCAGCGAAGAGUACAAGUCAAAGUUGCACGACCUGAAUGCUAAAUCUUGCAAUGAGCAAGGGUACUCACUGGACGAGAUAGUUGAAGAUAUUGGAAACAAAUGCAUUAAAAAUAUGGAUCCUGCAUCUUUUGAUGAAAAUGGUGCAGGUGCUGCGACUGAUAUACCUAAAGAAUCUGAAUUUGGAUGCACACUCAGAGAUAAUGACAGGAUUGAAGAUAUUUUAACAAGUGAAGGAAGAAUGGUCAAUUCUGAGAACACAUCUUUGCUAGAUGAGGAAGCUGUUCCUGAAACCAAAUUUCAACAAGUCAAGAUUGUUAGUGAAGUUGCUGUGGACUCAAAGUCUGAUGAUGAAAAACAAGAUAAACGUGGCAAGGAAUUGGAGUCAGAGUUGCAGGCAAACCUGAAUGCUAAAUCCUGUCAUGAACAAGGUAACACACUGGAUGAAAUAGUUGAAGAUACUAGAAACAAGUGUGCAAGCAGCAUCUGCCCAAUAUCAUUUCGGGUAGAAUCACUGAAUUCUUCAACGUCUCAGGAAUCUGUUUUAAAUAUUACAAACGAGAAAGAGAACCAGACCAUGCAAUCUCUCAUUGCUGUGGCAGGAUGCUCUGAGACGGUAAUCCUUGAAAGUCAUGUAGAAGCAACAGAGAAGGCUAAAUCUUGUCAUGAGCAAGGGCACUCACCAGAUGAAAUAGUUCAAGAUAUUGGAAACGAGUGCACAGGUAGCACCUGUCCGAUAUUACUUCAAGUAGAAUCAGUGAAUUCUUCAGUGCCUCAGGAAUCUGUUUUGGACAUUACAAAAGAGAUCGAGAACCAGACCCCACAAUCACUCAUUGCUGUAACAGGAUGCUCUGAGACGGAAAUCAUUGAAAGCCGUGUAGAAGCAAAAGAGAAAAGUUCAACCUCUGGUAAUAAUUUGUCAAGAAGAGGUAAGGCUGCUAGUGCUCCUCAGGUUCGAACCAGAAAGAGUAGAUUUAUGAGCACAUCUAAUGCUGACACUGAAGUUGAAAUGGGUGCUGUGAGGGAUAUCAUAAAUAAAUCAACCACAAAGGAUCUUUUUUCUUUUUUGGAUGGAAAAGAAGAUAUAUUCGCUCCAAAUAAGGAAAACUUUAGUCCAAAUACCUUACACUUGCGGUUUAUGAGAAAGAAAGGUAAGCUAGAAGAAAUUAAACAUUCCAAGUCACAAUGGUCACACAAUUCGAAGGCUAAUUUUAGUCCCGGCAUCUAUCCAGCUGAAAGCCUGAUUGCUUCAAACAGAGUGAACAAGACUCCAAAAGUAGCCCAAGAGUUGAAGCCGCAAAGGAAGCCUCUCCAAUGUCAUACAAACUUGGCUCAUGAGCAAGAUAUUAUGGAAUUAAAAAAGAACAGAGUGGAAAGGGUACCCUUCCAAUCACUAAUGAACUCUGGAGGCAAUUGCAAAUCAAAGACUUCUGGUCCUGUUUCUGCUGCAAAAAGCAUUGAUGAUGCAAAUAAUUGUGGACAGAUUUCUGACAACCGCACUAAACCUUCUCAUAUUAUUGGAGAGCAAAAGAGGAGCUGGGACAUGGUUGUAGACACUGCUUCGCUUCUGAACAAGGAAUCAAGGAAAGCUUUGCAGCUUCUACAAGGUCUCAAGGGGACUCGUUUAAUCAUUCCAAGUUUGGUCUUAAGGGAACUGGGCAAUAUGAAGCAACAAUUUAGAAUUUUUAGAAGAACUUCAGAGGCUUCUUUGGCGUUGGAAUGGAUUGAAGAAUGCAUGGAGAACACAAAAUGGUGGAUUCAUAUCCAAUGCUCAAAGGAGGAAUGCAUGCUGAUUGAAGAGAGUUGGGCUUUUCCUGGUCCAAAGAGCUCAAAGGAAUUUGCUUCACGGACAGUUGAAGAUCACAUCCUUGAAUGUGCUCUUCAACAUAGAAGAAAGGAGAAUGUUGGACAACUUGUCCUGCUUAGUGAUGAUGUCACUUUGAAAAUCAAAUCCAUGGCAAAGGGGUUGCUAUGUGAGACAGUGCAGAGAUUUCGCCAAAGUCUAGUGAACCCCUUCUCUGAGAGGUUCAUGUGGGUCAACAGCUCUCCUCGAGGACUGACUUGGUCUUUCCAAGAUGAUGCAGUUUUAAGGGAGAAAUAUUGUGGUAUGCCAGCAAAGGCUGGUCUGAAGCUUAUCCCUCAACAGUUUUUGUACUUUCAUGUUUAA